AUGACCGGCCCGGCCCCCUCCCCACAACCCAUCGCCAUAACACUGUUCGGCGCGGGCGGGAGCGGCAAGUCGUCGCUAACGCUAUCACUCGUCCGCAAUGCCUUCACCUCGACAUACGACCCGACGAUCGAAGACAGCUACAGCAUAACACGGCGGGUGGACGGCGUGGAGUAUGUGAUUACCAUCACGGACACGGCAGGGCAGGAGGAAUACCGCGGGCUGUGGGCGCAGGAGGCGCUGCAUGCGGAUGGGUUCGUGCUGGUGUACGACAUUACGAGCCGACGGAGUCUGGAGGCGUUGGGGUGGUUUGAGGCGCUGGUGCGGGUGGAAGGGGAGUGUCGGGAGGAGAGGGCAGAGACGGCGCUUCGGCGGCGGAUCGAGGGCAGUGAGCCGCUGACAAGGAGUACAACGCGGGUGGGUCGGUCGAGGCGUGGCACCGGGACGACGAUCGUGAGCGAGGCGUCGGAGUUGAAGCCCGUCAAGAUUGUGGCGGGGAACAAGGUUGACCUGGCGAGUUCUCGGCGGGUGCCGGCUCGAGAGGGUCUGGAAUGGGCGCGGCGGCAUGGGUGCGGGUUCAUGGAGACGAGCGCGCGGGAGCGAGUGAAUGUUGAGGAGACGUUUGGACUGAUUGUGCGAAGAGUGGUGGAGGCGCGGAGGGAGGAAGAGCAGCAACGACUGGAGGAGGAGUAUGCGAGGGCUACUCAAGAGAGGGAGAUCCGCGGGGAUAACAGACGAUAUACAGUCGACUGGACGGAAGAGAGUCUACGUUAUCAGCGCGAGCAGGCGAGGCGACAUGAGAAGGAGAAGAUGGAGCAAAUGCCGAGGAGGGAUGCCGGGAGGAGCGGGCAGAGUCAAGAGCAGCGCGAGAAGAAGGUGCGGAGGAGGAAGUCGGAGGCAGGUGUUGGUGUGAGACAUGCCGUGACGGCGCCGUUGAGCCCUCUUGAGAUUGAAGGAAAGCGGAUGAGGCUGCCAAUACCACAAGGGGAUAUUGGGCCCCCGAAGAAGGGCUGGGCUUGGUUAAGGUGUUGGUGA